AUGCCGGCAUCCGAUCUUCCAAUCAACCACAUGCUGCAACUCUCUCCGGACCGCACUGAACGGAACGGUCGCUUUGCAGAAAAGACACAAUGGCUCACAAUGAACUACUUCUUUGAGCGAAGGCUGGUCAAGUACGCGCUCUCUGCCCUUGCAAACCCCCAAGCUACCAAAUCAGUGUCACAAAGAGUCAUGUGCACGAGCAUGUCAUUCUCAGAACAUCCUAGGCCUUCCGUGUCGAGUCUCGUCGGCCCCGGCAGAUGGGUCUGA